UUCUGUAUCUGUCAGCGUGAUGUUCAUUUUGAUGUAAACGUUUGAAGUUAAUGACCAAAACAUAUACCCGAAUUGGUUCUAAGUUAAACCUACAUUUAAAAAAAAUGAUUGAAUUUCAUUAAAAUGACAUAAGCUAUAAAUAGUAAAGUGAUAAGUUAAUUCAUCGCGAUGAUUGACAUUUAAUAUGAAUAGAAGGAUUGUUGUUAUGGCGGAUUUAAGGAUGAUACUGUAAAAAGAGAUUAUGAAAUUCUAUACAUUUUGUACUUUUGAUAAAGUAAGAAGAAAGUUUAGUUGUAUUGAACAUUUAAAAGCGACAUAACAUUCCAGAUGUCUACUUUAUGGCUUAUUCUGUUAAUAGUGUGUGUAAGCGGUAAACUAUUUUCAACCAGAACUCAUUCAAUCAACGAUUUAAGAAAGAAAAUUCACGAAAUCAGUCUACAAGAUUCCCCAAAACCACUCAUAUCUCAUUUAAAGAGAAUAUUGUUGAAAGCAAGAUUAAACAUGUUAGACGAAAGAAACCAUGAAGCAGAUUCAAAAUUGGAAAAUAAGGUGAAUCGAGGAAGUAAUGCGUAUUACAACUGUGGAGAAGAUGGAUGUAAAGAAAAACCCAAAAUUAGAAGGGGUCCAUUUGGUUGUCAUAAAAAAGGUUGCGUUGGGUAAAAUGUGUUAUCCUAGAGAACGAAGAAGAAAUUGCUUUUGAUAAAAAAAAAAAAAAAAAUUACAAGACUUACAUACGGACAAUUAUCAAAACUAUGAAUUGUCAUGUUUCCACAUAAUUUAUGAUUAUUAAUGUAUACACUUGUUAAACCUUGUCAAUUUAAUUUUCUGUCCAAGUAAAUUGAAAUGUAAAAGUGUUAUAACGUUAUUAAUGUUACAAACAUUGUCUUAUCAAUUAUAAACAUAAAAUUUAAUUUUGAAUGUUAUAUGUCUUUUGGUUGGCUGAAAUUGUUUUGUUUACCAGCUCAUGGACAUUGUUUUGUUAUGUUACCGUGACGUCAUGAAUUUGAUUUUCUCAUC